UCUUUGUUUCUCGCUAGUUCUUAGGUUGUUUUGUUUGUUCACGUCACUGUCGUUGCAUAUACUUAAAACACACUGAUCUCACUCAUGGCUCAACCUCAAGAAACCCAAGAUCAUCAAGAAGUUGUUGAGAUGAGUUUGAAAGAUGAACCAGUUUCAGCUACGAACAAGGAGGAGGUUGCUGUUGCUGGAGAUGACCUAUCUUUGAUGCUCAAGAUCGUCAAGCCUGAGAAUAUGGAAGAAGAUAAGAUAGAUUACGGUUUUGAUUCUGCUCUUUUACCUAAAGAUUUUCUUAGAACUUGUAGCGAGUGCGGUAAGCAGUUUAAUUCCGGGAAGGCUUUGGGAGGUCACAAGCGAGCUUGUCUUAAGAAAAAGAAUCAACCGAAGCUGACGAUUGCCAAGAAAGUUGCGGCUCCUGUGAGGGUUGAUCAUCAAGAGGAGAGUGGCGGAGGAUUGAAUUGUUAUGUGUGUCGACAGUCUUUCAUAUCUUUGAAGUCUUUGUAUGGUCACAUGAGGAAGCAUCCCGAGAGAGAAUGGAGAGGGAUUCAACCUCCACAGCCAGCUAAUGAUAAUGGUGAUAACGAGAAUGUCCACCGGAAUAUUGAUCAUCAUGAUGAGUCUUAUGACGGCGCUGCUGGAUCCGCUACGGACUUGGUGAAGUCUUUGAAGACCUGGACAUUAAGGGCCAAAAGAGGGCACAGGUUAUCAUCUGAACCUCGUCUCUCUACUUCUGUUUCGGAUGAUGAUGAUGAUGAUGAUGAUGAUGCUGAAGCCAUGCAACAAGCUGUCAAUGAUCUCUUGCUGCUAGCUGAACAUCGAUCCAAUAAGCAGCUUGGUUCUGGUUAUGGCGUGUUGAAGAUCAAGGAAGAUGGAGUUAAUAAAAAGACUGAAAUUUUGAAGACUGUGUUGGAAGCUGAGCUUGGGAAGAAGAAUAAGAGGUGUAAUUCGGAGGAGACUUGGGUUGAGAACGAUAAUGAGGAGGACAGUGAGAUGGAGUUGUCGAGGAAGACAAAACAGUUGAAGAAGAAGAAGAGGAGACUCACUGAAUUUGAUGAUAUGGAUUGCGUGAAUGAAGAGCCAAUAACAGUAAUGGCUCCUCAAACCUAUUCUUGCCCAAUAUGUGAAAAGGUUUUCGGUAAACAUCAAGCUCUAGGAGGCCACGUAGCAAGCCACAACAAGAACAAGAACAAUAUCAUUGCGAAAGAAUCGUCAACGUCCAAUGCGGUCUCAGCUACUGAGGAUGGGAAUUGUAACAAUAAUGGUGUGGAGAAUGAGCAGCAAACAAGUGGUGGUGACACUGAGCAUCAAUGCAACAUAUGCAGCAAGAUAUUCCAAACUGGUCAGGCACUUGGAGGACACAAAAGGUGCCACUGGACUGGCCCAGCUGAAGCAUUUUCGAGCUCGAGUCAAGUGACAACAUCAGCCGGUGAAGUGACUCAGACAACUCGCAAUAGGCUAGUUCUUGAUUUCGAUCUUAACGAUACACCACCUGAGUAUUUUCAGAUUUAUGGCGGUGAAACAGAAGCUGCAUAAUUAGCUAGGUCUCAACACAAAAUGAGAAAUUUUGAUCAGUCUGUGAAGGUUCUAGGUCAGUAGAUUGAUUGACUUUAAACUGGUUUCUUAUAGUUUUAUCGGUUGGUCUAGCUUUGAAUCUUUCUUAGUUAUGCUUUCUCUAGUGGGGUCCCUGAGACCUUGUC